AUGGCAGCUCCUACAGGAGGUAUAUCUGCACUAUUAGGUCCUUUAGCUCCGUCAUCGGCUGAUACGGCGGCAGCAAUAGCAGCUACAUCGUCAUCAGCUAAAUCAAUGGAACAAUUAAUGAACGAAAUCGAUCAAUUAAAAAAAGAUGUUGAUACUGCAACAAAAACCUUGGAAAAAAUUGAAACUGGACGAAAAAAAGCUGCUGCUAAUCGUGAUCGAUCAGUUGAAGGUCGUACACAAAUUCGAGAUUUAAAUGAACGCAUUAUUAAUCUUCAAAAACAAAUGGAUGCAAUGACCAAAGAUACAGAUCCAAAGUGGCCAGCAAAAAAAUUUGAUAAAACAAAAAAAACUGCAUUAAAAACUUUAUCAGGUCUUUCAAAAGAUCUUAAUGAUGUUGAUAAACAUCUUGAAAAAGCAACUGGAACAAUACCAGCAACAACUGCAACUUCAGCUGAUCUUCAAACUACUGCAACAUCUGCCGAUGGUCAACCAGUAGCUGCUCCACGAGCAUCAACUGAAAAUGAAAAUACAAAAGGAGUUAGCGCAUUCAUAAAAAAACUUCCAUUUGGUAAAAGAAAAUCAUCAUCAAAGAAGCCACUUGAUACUGCGACACCGGCAGCACCACCAACAACAGAAUCUGUUAAUAAAACAGAUGAUGCUGCACAAAAAAAAACGAAAGAUGAAGUGCAAAGUGAUAAUGAAGAUGAAGAAGGAGAAGAAGAAGACGAAGAAGAAGAAGGUGAAGAAGAAGAAAGUGAUGAAGAUGUAGUGUCAGAUAAAAAGAAAGUAACCGAAAAAUCACCUCGACUAAUGAAGAAAACUGAACCAAUAAUUACAAAUCGAAAAAAAAUUGAAAUAUCUGAUGCAGAAAGUGAUGAAAGCGAAGAUGAUGAUGAUGAUGAUGUUAAUGAUAAUCGUCAAUUAUUAAGUCAACUUAAAAGUCAAACAUUAACAGAUGAAAGUGGUAAAGAUCUUACCGGUCAUGAUCGUCGAUCACGUUCACCAACAACACCACGUAGUAGUAAAAAAACACCAGAAGUUAAAACUGAUUUGACAUCAACUUCAUCACCAAGAAUUAAAAAAACUACAACUAUAGUACCACCACUUACAGCAUCACGUAAAAAAUCACAAAGUCCAAAAGGACGUACUGAAAUUCCAAUAGCUAGAAAAAAACGAGAUCAUGAAAAUGAAGACGAUUCCUAUUUUGAAGAAGAAGAAGAAGAAGAUGAACGUAAUAAUGAAGAAGAAGAAGAAGAAGAACUUCGACAUCUACGUGAAGCAGAUGAUCGUGGAGAAUAUGCGUCUGAUCAUGAUUAUGAUGAACAAGAAGAAGAACCAACAUUAGUUAAUGCACAUGUACAAGAACUUCGAACAAAUAAAUUUUUACCAGGAACACAAUUUAUUGUUACACAUGAUUUAAUUGGUGAACAAACUGGUGAUUUAACUGUACAUAAAAAUGAUAUUAUAACACUUGUUGAACAACGUUCUGAUGAUUGGUGGCUAUUUAAAAAUGUUCAAACACAACAAGAAGGUUCAGUACCAAUAAAUAUAAUACAAUUGUUAUCUACACAACAAAUACGACGUCGAAUAAUGCCAAGUACAUCAGCAAUAACCCUUGUUAAUGCGUUUAAAGAUAAAAGUGAUAUUCCUACUGGUUUUAUACCAUCAGAUUUAGCCGAAUUAUGUCAACACGAACCUUAUCAAUUAUGGCGAAGUCUUAUACCGAAAAUGAAUGAAUCAAAUCUUGCUUUUACUGAUCUUUCUUGGCGUGCUGAUACUGAUAAAUUACAUGUACAAGAUGUAAUACAUCAAAAAAUUCUUACUCUUAAAGAAUGUGUUAAAAUACCACGAGUUAAAGGCGAACAGAUUCGUGUUCUUGAUCGAUGUGUUCGUAUAUGUCUUUAUGAUGGAGCUGAAAUUAUUUCGAAUAUUCAUACAAUUCGAGCACUUAUUCCGUCAAAAAUUGAUGAACGAGAUUUAACUGAAGAUUGGCAUUUUGUACGUAAUGAUACAAAUUCAUUAAUUGAUGAACAACCUGAACUACUUAUACGUUCGAAUGCAUCGGUUUCUGGUAAAAAUUUAAAACUUCUCAUGGAAUUAUCAUUAUGGUGUCAAUCAACAGUAACACAAGAAAAAUGUGAAAUUGGUUGUGGUUGGUCAAUGAUUUCAAUUGUUGAUGAUGAACCACCAUUAAUAACUGAUACAAAAAAUUAUAAUGAACUUUUAAAAGGUGGACAUAUAGAUGAAACAAAUAUUCUACUUGAUUCUCAAUAUAAAAUUCUUCGUUCUAAUGGUAUAUCAGGCAUGAUUGAUCGAUUUAAACGAGCACGUAUUAAAUUUUCAAUUGAAUCACGUGAAGAUGAUGUUGAUUUACUUUAUGAUAAUUUACCAAUACAAUCACUUAUUGUUCCAAUAAAUAUAAUAAGACCUAUUGUAUUUUUUCGAAAUGAACUUGCAUGUCAAUUACAUGAACGUCAACAUCCAACUGGUCUAUCAACAACACCAAUUAAUUCAAUAUUUUUAAGUACAUUUUUUCAAGCAAUAUCACAACCUGAUCUUAUUUAUACAUUAAAUCGAUUAUAUCGUGCAAGAAAAAGUCGUUAUCCUACAUCAUCAUCAAGUUUACAACAACAACGAAAAUUAUUUAUAAAUACAUAUCAAUUAUUUACUUAUCCUCUUCUUCAAUAUCGUCUAUUACCAUUAUAUGAUUUUCAUGAUAAAACAAAAUUAAAUGAACGACGAACUUUAAUUAAUGAUAUUAUUAAACGAUUAUUACCAAGAAAAAAAGAUCUUGGAGAAGAUAUUCUUUCAAUAUUACUUGAUGCCAGUUUAACAGAUAAAUGGACACCAUUUACAACAAAUGAAAUUUGUUUUUCAUUGCAAAAAUAUACUCAUGAUUUUACAAAUGAUAUUGUAGAUUAG